AUGGAGGAGGAGGCUGCGAGGAAGAGGAAGAUGCCUUGGGCCCCCCAGGCAGGCCCCGAGCUGAGGACGGAGAGCCUGGAGGACAAAUCCCCCCGUGAGAAGCUGGUGGGAGAGGCCGUUUUGAAGGGCUCCACGGCACAGGAAGGCAGCGGGGAGGAAAAGGGCCGGAGAUCCCCCCGCAGGAGGGGCUCCAAAGCCAGCCCAGGGUGCCCUGAGGAGGAAAGACCCAGCCUGUGCUGGGAAGGCGGCCAGAGCUUGAGGCAGAGCUCCGACCUGAUGGUUCCUGAGCAGCCUCCCAGCAGGGAGAAGCCCUUCAGGUGCUUGGAAUGUGGGAAGAGCUUCAGGAAGAGCUCCAACCUCCUCAAGCACCAGCACAUCCACACUGGGGAACGUCCCUACACUUGUAGGGAAUGUGGGAAGAACUUCAACCAGAGCUCCACCCUGAUGCGACACCAGCUCAUCCACACUGGGGAACGGCCCUACACAUGUGGGGAAUGUGGGAAGAGCUUCAGGCACAACUCCAGCCUCUGCAAACACCAGCGCAUCCACACUGGGGAACGGCCCUACACGUGUGGGGAAUGUGGGAAGAGCUUCAGUCACAGCUCCCAUCUCUGUGCCCACCAGCUCAUUCACACUGGAGAACGGCCCUACACGUGUGGGGAAUGUGGGAAGAGGUUUCCGACCAGCUCCAGUCUCCUCCUGCACGAGCGGACGCACACGGAUGAGAGGCCCUUCCGCUGCACCGACUGUGGGAAGGGUUUCAAGCAGAACUCCCACCUCGUCACCCACCGUUGCAUCCACACCGGGGAGAGGCCCUACAAGUGUGGGGAGUGUGGGAAGAGCUUCACCCAGAGCUCUAACUUGACCAGACACCAACGGACCCA